AUUGACCACAAUCACAGCACAUCCAAUUUAAAACCAUCUUUCAUGUGUACAAUCUUCCAAAUUAUAAGGCUCAUUCACUAGCAUUCUUGCAUGUGAUGUGUGUAACAAACAAGGCUCCUUCACUAGUACCUUCUAACUUUAGGCACCUUCACUCAAAAUUGAAACUCCAUACUUUUCAGAUCUCAGAUCCACUUUUUGCAAAACCUCAUUCCUCCCUCCACUUCCUACCUACCUACUCAAACACAACUUUCAUAUUCUUUAUGCUAAUCAUUUUUCACCAAAACAAAAACCUUUUCACUUCAAUCAUUGUAUCAUCAACUUUUACACAACUAAUUAUCUCACACACUUUACAUCUUCAAAAAGAAAAAAAAAACACUCAUCAUAAUUAUUGAUCAAACAUUCUGUUUUAUAUAACCACUCAUUAAAACUAUUUCAAUUCUUAGCCACUUCAAUUUUUAGCUUCAGAAUAUGAAUUUAUUUUCUGCAAUUUUCCUUGUGCUGCUUAUUCCAUCUUCACUUGCACAAUUAUCACAAACUGAAACCCGAAUUCUUUUUCAAGUUCAGAAGCUUCUAGAAUAUCCACAAGUUCUUCAAGGAUGGAACAACUGGACAAACUUCUGCUUCCUCCCUCCUUCACCGUCACUCAAAAUAGUUUGUUCCAACGGCCGCGUAACCGAAUUAACCGUCAUCGGAAACCGAACUUCUCCAUCUUCACACAGCUCUGAACCUUUUCAAGCACUUUCAGGAACUUUCUCAACUGAUUCAUUUUUCACUGUUUUAACUAAGCUUUCAAGCUUGAAGGUUCUGUCAUUAGUUUCACUAGGUUUAUGGGGUACAAUACCAGAAAAAAUCAAUAGGUUUUCAUCUCUUGAAAUUCUCAACAUUAGUUCGAAUUUCAUUUCCGGUGAAAUUCCUGAUUCAAUAUCUUCGAUGAGAAAUUUGAAAAGUGUUGUUUUCGCUGAUAAUCUUUUGAGUGGAAAUAUUCCAGAUCUCACAAGUUUAUCUUCUCUCGAAGAGGUAAAUUUUGAUGGAAAUAAAUUAGGUCCUGAAUUUCCUUCAAUUGGAAACAAUAUUGUGAAAAUCAUCUUGAGAAAAAACUCUAUAAGAUCUCAGAUUCCUCUUGAUCUUUCAAAUUUCGAAAAGCUUCAAAUAUUGGAUGUUUCUCUAAAUAACUUGAUUGGGAGAAUUCCAAAUUCUAUAUUCUCUCUACCUUCACUUCAUUACCUAAAUUUGUCUUCAAACAAAUUUAGCGGAAACCUCUCGAUGAAUUCGCCUUGUAGUUCAUCUUCAUCGUUGAAUUAUGUUGAUAUUUCGCAUAAUUUUCUAGUAGGAAAAUUACCUUCAUGCAUGGUGAAAUCGAAGGCGAAAAUGUUGUAUUCGUGGAACUGUUUCUCGAAGAAAAGUUUGAAAGAUGAACAACAUUCAUUGUCAUAUUGCAAAAGAGAUGCAGCUUUGGCUGUUAAGCCUCCUAACAGAAAGGUGGAGAAGGGAUCAAGUAUGAAAUUAGGUCUUGUGCUUGUUAUUGUUGGAGGUGUUGUGGGAAUUGCUUGUGUUUUAGCUUUGAUCAUUGUUUUCAUCUUGUGGAAAUCGAAACCCGAAAGAUUGAAUCAUAAUAUGGGUGGAUCUGUUGCUCAUAAGUUUUCAGAAAAAUCAAAUAUGAAUGCAAGACAUGUUCCUCAAACAAUGAGGCUAGGUACACAUGGACAGCCACCAUACAAUAUUUUCACAGAAGAAGAAAUUGAAGAUGCAACAAACAACUUUGACCAAUCAAAUCUAAUAGGAGAAGGAUCACAAGGACAGAUAUAUAAAGGUUGGUUGAGAAAUGGUUCAGUGGUCCUGAUUAAUUGUAUAAAGAUAAAGCAAAAAGGUUUACCACAUAGCAUCAUGCAACAGUUAGAUGUAUUACAAAAUUUGAGGCAUAGACAUAUGGUGAGUGUUCUAGGACAUUGUCUCAUUACUCAUCAAGAUCCUCCUCAAGUAACAUGCACAGUCUUCAUUGUACAUGAAUACAUCUCAAAUGUGUCUUUGAGAGAUCAACUUACAGAUGGGAAAAAGAAGGAUAUGCUGAAAUGGCCACAAAGAAUGGCAAUAAGCAUAGGAAUUGCAAGAGGAGUUCAGUUCUUACAUACAGGUGUUGCUCCUGGAGUAUUUGGCAACAAUUUAAAGAUUGAGAAUAUUUUGUUGGAUGAUAGUCUCAAUGCAAAAGUCAGUGGAUACAGAAUUCCAUUGCCAUCCAAGAGCACAGUUAAUGAAGAAAGUGAUGCAGAAAAAGAAGAUAUUUAUCAGCUAGGUGUUAUUCUACUUGAAGUCAUUACUGGCAGACAAAUUACAUCCUCCAGUGAAGUAGAGCAGCUCAAGGAUGAGCUUGAAAGAAGUUCAUCAGAACCACCAUCAUCAAUACUAAGAAGUACAAUUGAUCCUUCUCUGAGAGGGAGUUAUGCCUAUGAAUCAAUGAAUACUGCAGUUCAGAUUACCAUCAAUUGUCUCUCUAAGAUUUCUAGUAAGCGUCCUUCAAUAGAGGAUGUUCUUUGGAAUUUACAGUAUUCAAUGCAAGUUCAAGAGUCUUGGACUAGCAGUGGGAAUCUCAGCACAAAAUUUUAAAACUCUUUGUCAAUAAAAAUGUUUGCUUGUGUUUCAUAUGUUCAUUCAUCAUAAUGAAUAAAAUGGUCAUGUAAAUAUGUAAUUUCUUAAGGCCAAAAUAACAUAUUUUGUCCUGCAUUUUUCUUAUUUGUUUUUAAUUAAUUAUUAUUAUUAUUAUUACUACUAUUUUAUUAUUAUUAUUA